AUGCGCAGCCCGGGCCCCUUGGAGCCUGGCGCCCAGAGGAAGGCGGGGAGUCCCCGCGUCUGGGAGGGCUUCAGCGAGUGGCCAGCGGCGGUGGCAGUCGGGAUAGGGGCAGCGCUCCACCAUCAGCCUCACAGCCUGAGGGCACCUCCUGUCAACGGCCAGUCCCUCCUGAGGGCACUGCAGGGAGUCGGGCGGUCUGGGGGCAGAAGCCAGGCCCCUGCGCGCUGCCCACUGCCAUGCCCCCGCCAACAGGAGAACAUCAUGAAGUCCAACAUCGACAAGAAGUUCUCCGCGCACUACGAUGCAGUGGAGGCGGAGCUCAAGUCCAGCACCGUGGGUCUCGUGACCCUGAAUGACAUGAAGGCCAAGCAGGAGGCGCUGGUGAAGGAGCGGGAGAAGCAGCUGGCCAAGAGGGAGCAGUCGAAGGAACUGCAGCUGAAACUAGAGAAAUUGCGAGAGAAAGAGCGCAAAAAAGAGGCCAAGCGGAAGAUUUCCAGCCUGUCCUUCACCCUGGAGGAAGAGGAGGAGGCAGGCGAGGAGGAGGAGGAGGCCGUGGAAGAGGAGGAGCUGGAGAGGGAAGAGGUCACCACAAAGAAGAGGAAAUUGGGGAAGAACCCAGAUGUGGACACCAGCUUCCUGCCUGACCGAGACCGCGAGGAAGAAGAGAACCGGCUCCGGGAGGAGCUGCGGCAGGAGUGGGAGGCCAAACAGGAAAAGAUCAAGAGCGAGGAGAUCGAGAUCACCUUCAGCUACUGGGACGGCUCGGGCCACCGGCGGACCGUCAAGAUGAAGAAGGGCAACACGAUGCAGCAGUUCCUGCAGAAGGCGCUCGAGAUCCUGCGCAAGGACUUCAGUGAGCUCAGGUCAGCGGGGGUGGAGCAGCUCAUGUACAUCAAGGAGGACCUGAUCAUCCCCCACCACCACAGCUUCUACGACUUCAUCGUCACCAAGGCCCGAGGGAAGAGUGGGCCGCUCUUUAACUUUGACGUCCACGACGACGUGCGGCUACUGAGCGACGCCACCGUGGAGAAGGACGAGUCGCACGCGGGCAAGGUGGUGCUGCGGAGCUGGUACGAGAAGAAUAAGCACAUCUUCCCCGCCAGCCGCUGGGAGCCCUACGACCCGGAGAAGAAGUGGGACAAGUACACGAUCCGGUGAGCAGGUGGCGCUCGGCCCGGCUCUCCAGCCCCCUCGUGUCUCCGAACUGUGGGUGCCAGGCUCCUGUGAUGUGCCAGCCGAGGA